AUGGUAGUGCUCUUUCCUGGGGCUGAUGGUCAAGUCAUAUUGGAGGACUUGUGUAGCUAUGACAAUCAGACAGUUCCGACAAGUGGAGGUUUUCCUUUACAAGGGCAGGUGAUGUACCAGGUAUCCCAGUCUGCCAUCACAUCAUCUGGCCCCCCUCCCGUCCUGGGAUCCCCCGACACUGUGGAGGGCAACGGUGUGCGUAUUCGCAUUACAGGUGUCAGCAAUGACUCCGCCAUCGUCGUUCCUGAUGUCAUCAUCACCAAAACACUCCAGAUGGUUGAUGCUACACGUAGUCCGCCUUUAGUGUUCUUUAGAACCGAGCUGUUGCAUUCUGAGAACUCGACGGAAAGCUCCAUUUCUGAUGUUCUUAUGGAUGAAACCAUGACGACGGGGAUGUUGAUUAUUCUUGGCACAGGCUUCGUUCCGGGAAUCUUUGCCCCAAACCUCACAAACAACGGGAGAGUCUCUUUAUCGUGGUACCAUACAUCUGUAGCUUCAAACGACAGUCGUGUGAUAGAGUAUCAGGCGGAACCGGACGGUUCGAACGGUGGUAACCUUGCAGCAGGGCAGUCCUGGUACUGGUCUUCCAUAUCAUUCAGAGAUGUAAGUACAUCACUCUUAAUUGCUGUGAUAGAGAACCGGACAGAACCGGAUGGUUUGAACUGUGUUAGCCUUGCAGCAGGGUAG